AUGCCUUUAAGAUCAAGUGAAAUAGAUAUUAAUGUAAUUAAACAUAAGACCAUAUCUAAAGAACUGGAUGAAUCAGAAGAUAGCUAUUCCAACAAUAAAGCACUUGAUAACCAAAAUAUUGAUAUACAAGUUUCUCAAAAUAUUCAAAAUCCUAAUCGUGUAAUUGGAAGAGGAAAACCUUCUAAGCGUCACUAUAAAA